AUGUCCGCCUCAGUCGGCCGUACUGUCGCGAAAGCCGUGGGCAUCGACCUGUCCCACCGCGACCCGGUGCGACCCAAACACGAUGGCUACGUCGAGACCGAACCGACGGCCGGCGAGUGGCUGCGCGGGCUGGUCCCGUCCUGGCUGCAGGUCGGCCACUACUUCUACAGCAUCUUCCCCUUCCUGCAGUGGAUCAUGAACUAUAACAUGCAGUGGUUCAUGGGCGAUCUGAUCGCGGGGGUCACGGUGGGCGCGGUGGUCAUCCCCCAGGGCAUGGCCUACGCCGUGCUGGCCAAGCUGCCGGCCGAGUACGGGCUGUACACCUCGUUCAUGGGGGUGCUGAUCUACUGGUUCUUUGCGACGUCCAAGGACAUCACGAUCGGACCCGUGGCGGUCAUGUCGACCCUGGUGGGCACGAUCAUCAUCGACACGCAGAAGAAACACCCGGACAUCCCCGCCCCCGUGAUCGCCGAAGCCCUGGCCGUCAUCAGCGGCGCCAUCGUCGCCUUCAUCGGCUUCGCGCGCCUGGGCUUCAUCGUCGACUUCAUCCCCCUGCCCGCCAUCACGGCCUUCAUGACCGGCUCGGCCAUCAACGUCGCCGCCGGCCAGGUCAAGACGGUGCUGGGCGAGACCAACGGCUUCUCGACGCGCGGGGCCACCUACAUGGUCAUCAUCGACACGCUGAAGUACCUGCCGACCUCGCAGAUGGACGCAGCCAUGGGGCUGACGGCGCUGGCGAUGCUGUAUGCCAUCCGGUCGGCGUGCAACUACGCGUCGCGCAAGAUGCCGCACCGCGCGAAGCUGUUCUUCUUCCUGUCGACGCUGCGCACCGUCUUCGUGAUCCUGUUCUACACGAUGAUCAGCGCCGCGGUGAACCUGCACCGCCGCGACGACCCGGCCUUCAAGCUGCUGGGCACCGUCCCCCGCGGCUUCAAGCACGCCGGCGUCCCCAAGAUCAACACCACCAUCAUCAAGGCCUUCGCCAGCGAACUGCCCGCCGCCGUCAUCAUCCUGGUCAUUGAGCACAUCGCCAUCUCCAAGUCCUUCGGCCGCGUCAACAACUACACCAUCAACCCGUCGCAGGAGUUCAUCGCCAUCGGCAUCUCCAACCUGUUGGGGCCCUUCCUGGGCGCCUAUCCCGCGACGGGCUCCUUCUCGCGCACGGCCAUCAAGGCCAAAGCCGGGGUGCGCACCCCGCUGGCGGGCGUCAUCACGGCCAUCAUCGUCCUGCUGGCCAUCUACGCCCUCCCGGCCCUCUUCUACUACAUCCCCUCGUCCUCCCUCUCCGCCGUGAUCAUCCACGCCGUCGGCGACCUGAUCGCGCCCCCGCGCACCAUCUACCAAUACUGGCGCGUGGCCCCGCUGGACGCCUUCAUCUGCGUCGCGGGCAUCAUCAUCAUCAUCUUCACGACGAUCGAGAUCGGGAUCUACUGCACGAUCUGCAUCUCCCUGGCGGUGCUCCUCUUCCGGACGGCCAAAGCCCGCGGGCAGUUCCUGGGCCAGGCGACGAUCCACUCGGUGGUGGGCGACCACCUGCUGGAAAGCGACCCCUCGGGCCCUUCCCCCCUGCAAGCGACCCCCUCGGGCCCCGGGCGGCCGUCCUCCCAGCGCACGGUCUUCCUGCCGCUCAGCCACGCCGACGGCUCCAACCCGGCCAUCCCCAUCGCCCAGCCCGCCCCGGGCGUCUUCAUCUACCAGCUGUCCGAGGGCUUCAACUACCCCAACGCCAACCACUACACCGACCACCUGGUCGCCCACAUCUUCGCCACGACCCGCCGCACCGACCCCGCAUUGUACGCCCGCCCGGGCGACCGGCCCUGGAACGACCCGGGACCGCGCAAGGGCCAGCCGAUCGCGUCGCUGGAGUCCGAGGCCCUGCCCACGCUCCGCGCCGUGAUCCUGGACUUCUCGGCCGUCAACAACGUCGACGUCAGCUCGGUGCAGAACCUCAUCGACGUGCGCAACCAGCUCGAUCGCUACGCCGCCCCCGACAAGGUCCAGUGGCACUUCGCGCACAUCACCAACCGCUGGACCAAGCGCGCGCUGGCCGCCGCGGGAUUCGGCCUGCCGCCGUCUGAUGAUGAGGAGUCGUCCGCCACGAUCGUCUUCACCGGCGUCGAUAUCACCCAUCUCCCCGGCUCGGAGUCGAGAUCUCACCACCCCCCCCACCACAACCACAACCGCAGCGGCAGCGGCAGCGGCAGCGGAGAUCUGGAGUCGAGUGUCGCCAAGAACGAGAAAUCCGCCGGAAGUACCUGGAGUAUCACCGAGGUGGAUCGCGAGACUCACUCCGCGGGUGCGGAGCAGGGCCAGACAGGCAGUGCAGAGAGGAAGCCGCCGAUCGUGAACGGGGUCAAUUGGCCUUUCUUCCACGUGGAUCUUACGAGUGCGCUGGAGUCGGCGACGCAGGGUAGCUGGGAGGAGAGGGGGCCGGUGAAGCAUGUGUCGAGUAACUGAUGCUGACUGAUGGUGCAUGGGGCAUAGAUAUUUAACGUUUUUAAUGGGUUAAUGGGUUUGCAAGAUACCUUGUCGUUCUGUUAUGGUUUUAUUAUCGUUCUGCUAGGUAAUUGAUGUCUGGUUGUAUGGCUUUCUGCUGAGUAUGGAGUGUACGGUGUGUCCAGAGU